AUGGGUUCCAUCAGUUGCGACUCGGAGCGUGCUGUUGCUGGCAUCUUCAACUCGGCCGUUGCCGCCUGGGCAAUCGGCCCUGCUUGGGAGCUAGGUCUUUUGGAUGAAUUGCGAAACAACAGAGUGCUCAAUGCCAAAAAGUUUGCCCAGCAAAAUAACCUGCACAGCGGGUCGACUGAGGGAAUGGUGGCUGCUUUGGCGAUUGCCCACAUCGUCACCCGAGAUGGCGAUAACAUCAUUCCUGGGCCGCUCUUUGACGAGACGUACCGCUCCAAGUCACUCUUCCAUUGGCUAUGCCUUGGAUCAGGCGAGCUCUUUUCCAAGAUGCAGUAUCAUCUCCGCAACGAGAACCGCAAGGGAGAAGAUUAUUACACCCGAGACGCCGCCGCCAUUGCCUAUGCUUGCCGGGACAUCAACACAUAUUACUUUGACCCGGCCUUCUGGGCAGCUAUGGGUGGUCUUGGCUACGAUUUCAAGUCAGUUGUUGACCUCGGGUGCGGCAGCGGCAAGCGCCUCAUGCAGAUUCUGGACAGUUAUCCUGGCACCAAGGCUAUUGGCGUCGACUUGGCCAGCCCAUCUCUUCAGGUUGCCGCCGCCGAAGCCAAGCAGCUUGGCUAUGGUGGUCGUCUCAAUUUUGUCGAAGGCGAUGCCCGCAACCUUCAAUACCGCGAGGAGUUCGCCGAGGUUGAUCUUUUGACCUGCUUCAUGAUGGGACACGAUUUCUGGCCACGAGAAAGCUGCAUCAAGACAUUGCGACGUCUGCAUGACUCCUUUCCCAAUGUCAAGCGCUUCGUGCUCGGUGACGCCACUAGGAUCCUGUUGAACUCCAAGGGUUCCCGGACUGCUGUUCCCGAGAGCAACGUUCCCAUUUUCACGCUAGGAUUCGAGCUCGGCCAUGAAAUGAUGGGCGUGUAUAUGCCCACGAUGGAUGAGUGGGACAGCGUCUUUGAAACGAGUGGAUGGCGAUGUGUCAAGAAGCAUCCUAUUCCCAAUUUGACAUUGUCUAUAGUAUUUGUUUUGGAACGACUAUGA